AUGCAACAAAGGCAAAGAUUAAAGAAUUUAGACAGGUCGGGUGAAAACUGAGUGAAACGGAAAAUACAAAAAACAAUGAAACAAACGAAACAAACAAAAAGAAGAAUAAAAACCAAGAACAAAAAAAAACCACGAAACAAAGGGAAAAAAAAAACAGCAAAACAGAUCAAAGCAACAAUUAGGAACCUAAUUUUGUAGAUAACGUGCUUUUUCCUGUUGCGUCUUUCACGUUCUUUAUUCUGCAACUUGCUUUGCGCAAAACACGAGGCGACACGCGUGUUAUGUGGCCUUGGAUCAGAAUCAUCAUGAUCUUAUUACUAUUUUUUUUUUCAUCAAAACAGUGAGUUUAGUUUACGACCUGACUGACCUAUUAAACCAAUCCUGAUUGACAAUGGAAUUUCCUUUAUAUAUAGACUAUAACUGGAUCGCCUUGACUGAUUAAAACCCGCCCCUCUCCCCCCUCAGAGAAUAUUUAUAGCUGGAUAGGACUUAUUUUACACCAGCAUGAAAUUUUGGCUGAUUUUUUUUCUUGCCUGUUAGAUUUAAGCAAAGUGCGAGUGGCUUACUUCUGGCUACAGAUGUUGCCGCGAGAGGUUUGGACAUUCCAGCUGUUGAGCAUGUAAUUCACUAUCAAGUCCCGAAGGACCCUGAUGUAAGUACGUGCAAGUAUGUGUGUACGGUUGGUUAGCUUGUGUCGGUGGUUAGCUUGUGCGGCAGGCGGGAACGGAAGCGAUUGCUUUUUGGCGGCAGUGCUUUCAUUCUCUGCGAAACUCUACCUUGACAAAAGGCUUUGGGAGGCACGCUGCUUCAACCGACCAUGCGUUGACCAAGGUGUGGGCUACAAGUCUCAACUGUAAGAGAAGCUCAACCAGAAUGUGGAUAGCAAAGUUCGAACGUAGUUGACGCCCGAAUUCUUUCUCUAAAUUUAUUUUAUUGUAUCGCUUUACUUUUUUUUAAAACUUCAUUUUCUACGUUUUUGUUUUGUUUCCAAUUUGAGUUAAUGUGUGAGGUUUACCUACCGAGAUCAAAACAUAAUUCAUUUAAGUUAAUGAGUUUUGAUUUAGGAAAAAAAUUGACUCUGUUCUCCAAAUGCAGUUUAUUUGGAAGGAUCAGUUUAUUAUCGUUUAUCGUCCUCAGUUGUAUCUCGUUUAAUAAUGAACUGUUGUGUAAUGAUGUAACCACAAUGUAAGUAUUAACUUUAGCGCAACCAUCUCAUGUGAUCCUGCGUUCCUAAAUUAUUUCUCUGUGUUCGUUAACAGCUUUACAUUCACCGCAGUGGACGGACAGCUAGAGCGAGCAGGGAAGGUCUGAGUGUCGUUCUUGUUGGCCCACAAGAAAUGGGAUCAUACAAGAAAAUUAUGAAGACGCUUAAUGGAGGUGAUGUGUCUUUAUUAUCUCCAACGUAUCUCUUUAACAGUUAAACUCUAAAAGGUUAUUUGCAAAUCCCCCUCAGUUUAAGGUGCCAUUCGUCUAAAUUUCCUUUUUAGUUAGAUAACUCUUUACGCCUUAACAUUAGUAUGCAUAUUCUCCAUGCAUACUGUUCUUUAUAUAUUUCUGAAGGUGUUGACAUGGAGAUUUCGUCAAACAAUCAAGAGCUUCUUUAGUUGGUGAUCAUGUCCUCUAUUCUCGUGGCUUUAAAGAGAACCUGCAGUUUUAAAACAAAUACUGGUAAAAGGGCUCAAAAUAUAUCAACUCAAGAUAUCUGGUCCUUAAAACCAUACCUGUAACCUUGUUAAUUUUAUUUUCCGCUUUCAAAACUGGCCUUCACGGCAAGUUCGAACUACCCGCGUUCGCCAUCUUGUUAGGUACGCAAGGCAUUUUGGGUUGAUGACGUGUAAUGGUUGCUCCGUUCAUUCGUAAUUGGGUUAUCCUACCUAAUGCGUGUACGGAUAGCUUUGUUAACAGGAGAAUGAUUGGGUACCCAUUUGAUAACAAGGUUAGAGGUUAAUUUUAAGUACCCAAUAUCUUGUAUUUGAUACAUUUAUAACCUUUUUAAAAAUAUUUACUUGGGUGUGACAAUCGUUAGGAGAAGUUGGAGGCUGGUCACUCUUAUGGAUCACAUGGUUAAGAAAAUUUGUCAUGGCACGAAGAUGAUACCCCUCUAGAUGAUAAAUAUUUCUUUUAGCUGCAACCAAAAUUUUAGGAGGAAAAGAUACAUCGUAAUCGUCUUUAGGAGUUUACUGAGCCCGACUACAAUUUAACCCUUUACACCCUUAAAAAUCAGUUUGCAUUUUCUCCACACCAUUUUCCAUGAAUUUUCUAUGGAACUAACAAAGAGAAUUUGUUUAACAAUCAAGAGUUUCUUUAGGUGGUCGUUCCCUGUAUUCUCGUGACCUUUAUGUUUGAUUCAGGAGUGAUGCUGUGAGAAGAAACUAGAUGCCAGUCAUUAAUAGGCGUUUAAGGGUUAACUUACAGUCUCUCGUGUCAUUCGUUUGUUUCUUUCAUUUUUUUGUUCAUAUUUGUUAUCUUGAUUUUAUUCUUUUUAAAAUUUUGUGCUGCAGGAAACGAGCUAGACUCCUUUCCAGUUGAUGUGUCUUUUAUGUCCUCCAUUAGGAAAAGAAUUUCUCUCGCCAAGCAAAUUGACAAAGAAGAACACUAGUAGGUGAAGAUGAAAAAAAAAAAAAGAAAGAAAGGAAAAGAGAAAUAUGGCAAUUAUCUUUUGGUUAGCUCUUCGUUUUUUGUUUUGUUUGUUUGUCUUUUCGCGUAAGAAAAAGGCCCAAAUUGAUAAUCGAGCUCGACAGCUCAGCAUUUUUCGCACAAAGAAUUGUUCACGCAGUUACGGAUGUUCUCUCCUUCAUUCUCAAUUCCUUCCAACCCUCCCCCCCCCUCCCCUCCCUUUCUCUUUGUCUAAACUCCCCCUUUAAUGAAAGCCAUCGAACCAUAUUCACAGA